AUGCCAACUGUAUCUACAUCCAGUUCAAAAGGUAGUAGAAAUUUAAGGAAUGGUCUUCGUAAAGACCAGGAUCGGGCAGUACCGGACCGAUAUCGAAUGAUUUUCAGUCCUGGUCCAGACGAUGGCCCUAGCUGA